AUGGCAGCCGAACUGAAGGCUGAGAUUGAGGCACUGGUCGCAAAGAUCUCUGACAAGGCAGCAGGCCAAUCAGCUCUUGAAGGCUUGGCCAAGAUUGCAGAGGAGAAAGGCCGGCCAGCCGAGCCUUUCUUGGUGUCCGCCUUCCCAAAGAUCCUGGAGGCCUCCAAUGAUAAGUCCAAGAACGUCAAGGAUGCGGCGGUGGCCACCAGCAAGACCAUCAUGGGUGUGGUCUCACCCUUUGCGGUGGAGAUGCUGCUGCCAGCCUUCCUGAACGGCUUGGCGGUGAAGGCCAAACCACCCCAGAAAGAGGCCACUUUGCAGAUUAUCUUUGCCUUGGCUCAGAAGGCACCCAGGGCGGUUGGCUACUUGCUGGUGAACUUGGUGAGCCCCGUAGCGGAUCUCACUUGUGACAUCAAGAAGGAGGUGAAGCAAGCAGCCUUGGAAUGCAUGACCUCAAUUUGCAACUGCACCGGCAAUAAGGACUUGGAGCCUUUCCUUCCUGCUGUGGUGGAUGCCGCUUCCUCCAUCGACAAGACUCACAGCUGCGUGGAGAAGUUGGCAGGAUGCAUCUUCGUGAAGCGCACCUGCUGUCAGAUCGUCGACAACAUGUGCAAGUUGGUGGAAGAUCCUGCAGAGGUGCUGCCCUUGAUGCCCAAGCUGGAGCCUUUGGUGAAGAAUGUGUGCGAGAAGAUUUCUGACCCCGAAGCCCGAGGAGUGGCAGAGAAGGCCUACAAGACCUUGCAGAAGGCAGCUGGAGAAGGAGCUGAAUCCAUCCAAUUGGUCUCAAUGGAGGCUGCCAAGAAGCAAGUCCAAGAUGCCCUGGGUGACAAGAAGGGCUCAGGAGAAGUCUAUGAGGCUGAGCUGAGCCACGUGUCGGCCCUGGCAGCUUGUGCUGCAAACAUGCGGGUCUUCGAUGACAGUGCUUGGAAGAAGGAUGUGGGAUACUUGGCACCCUUUGAUAGUGUCACUGAGCAGCUUCGUGCGAAGAUGGAGGUGGCUGCCAAGCCCAAGGAGGAAGUCGAAGAGGAAGACACCGAGGGUGUAGACCUCUACAAGGGUGCUUUCUCUUUGGCAUAUGGAACUUUGACACUGCUGCGGGAUGCCAAGAUGCACCUGAAGAGGAAUCGCUUCUAUGGUCUCCUGGGUCCCAACCAGUGCGGCAAGACCACACUCAUGCGUGCCAUCGCCAAUGAACAGUUGGAGGGCUUCCCAAAGCGAGAUGAGCUGAAGAGCGUCUUUGUCGAGCAUGAGAUCGAGGAUGAGGAAGUGGGUGUGCAGGACGAUGGUUUCCCCAUCCUCUCAGUGGACAAGCCGGGCUGGUGGUGGGUGGUUCACACCUGCAACGACGUCUACAAGCUGGAGCCUCCCGUGAAGGAAGACACUGUGAAGGAGCUCAUGAAGUCCAUUGGUUUCGGCUACCCAGGCGGCCCAGAUCGUGCUGCCAACUUGGAGCUGCCUGUGACCUCCUACUCAGGUGGCUGGAAGAUGAAGAUGCAGCUGUGCGCUGCUCAGCUGAUGAAUGCAGAUGUCUUGAUGUUGGAUGAGCCCACUGGUCACUUGGAUGUCGACAACAUCAAGUGGUUGGAAGAUUGGUUGGAGUCCUUCUCUGGUUCCAUCAUUUGCACUUCUCACUUCAGUCCCUUCCUGGACAAGAUGUGCACACACAUCAUCGAUUUCCAGGACAGAAAGCUCAAGACCUUCAAGGGGGUGAAAGGAACUUGCUUGACUCAGUUCGUGGAGAAGUACCCUGAGAAGAAGGCCUACUUCGAGAUCAGCAAUGAGACCAUGAAGUUCGUAUUCCCCGAGCCCGGGCCUUUGGAAGGUGUCAAGAGCCGCAGUAAGGUCAUCCUCCGCAUGAACAAUGUGAGCUUCACAUACCCCACCAAGGAGAAGCCGACCAUCAUGGACGUAAGCCUCACCGUCUCACAGGUGAGCCGCGUGGCAGUGAUCGGCGCCAACGGCGCGGGGAAGUCUACUGCCAUCAAGGUCUUGGUGGGAGAGCAGCUGCCCACGGAAGGCUCCAUUUGGAAAGCACAGGGCCUGCGACUGGCUUACGUGGCUCAACACGCUUUCCACCACUUGGAGAAGCACAUGCAGGAGACUCCAACUGCAUACAUCAUGUGGCGUUUUGCGGGCAACGAUGACCGUGAAUCCUUGGAGUUCAAAACUGAUGAGCUCUCGGUGGAUGAAGAGAAGGCUCGUUCCCAGAAGUGGUGCAUCGACAGCGUCACUGGGAACGUGCGACGCUGCACUGAUCCCAAGGAAGAUGCCAAGAAGGCCAAGCAAGAUGAGGCUGGGGCCGUCAUUCCCGAUGCCAUUGUGAACAGGCGCCAGAAGAAGAAGGAGAAGACCUUCGAGUACGAGGUGAAGUGGCAGUUCAAGAGCAUGGAUCAGAACGUUUGGGUCGAGAAAGACAUCCUGGUGAAGAUGGGCUACCUCAAGUUGGUGCAACGAGAAGAUGAGCGACAGGCGGCCAUGGCUGGUUUGAUGACCAAGCAGUUGACCCAGCCUGGCGUCGAGAAGCACCUGGCGGACUUUGGAGUGGAUGCUGAGAGCGCCUCCCACACUCAGAUCAACCAGCUUUCAGGUGGCAUGAAGGUGAAGGUGGUGUUGGCUGCGGCCAUGUGGCAAAACCCCCACGUCUUGAUCUUGGAUGAGCCCACCAACUACUUGGACCGUGAAGGAUUGGGAGCCUUGGUCUUGGCCAUCAAGGACUACAAGGGUGGUGUGCUGAUCAUCUCCCACAACAAGGAGUUCUGCGACAACGUGGCCACUGAGAAGUGGAUCAUGCAAGGUGGGCGCUUGCGCAUUGAGGGUGAGUCUGUGGACACUUCCAAGGAUGAUGGCAGUGCAGCUCAAGGACCGGAUGAAGUCUUUGAUGGAGCGGGCAACAAGAUUGAGGUGAAGAAGAGCAUGACCAUGACCGAGAAGGACAAGAAGAAGGCCAUCAAGGACAUCGAGAAGAAGAUAAAGGAUGGCAAAAAGAAGCAGACCUUGACUGAUGAAGAGGUUUGGGAGUUGGAGGACAAGCUCAACGAGCUGAAGGAAAACCUGAAGGGCAAGGAGUGA